AUGGCGACCGGCGUCGAAUGGCUGCAAAAGCAGAAGAAAAGCGAGCUAGCUGAGCUAGCCGGACAGGUUGGGAUGAAGAGCUAUGAGCGCAUGAAGAAAUCCGAACUAGAAGUCGCCCUUGAAGACCACCUGCGCACGCACCAAUCCUCAUAUGCCUCCAACCCCAGCACAGCAGCCUUCUAUCAGGGCGUCGACCCUGCCUCACCGGUAAAGCACAGAGGCGGUAAAGCCGUGUCAGGCGGAAAGGCCGAAGAUGAGAAAAAGCCGCGCCAGCGCCGGCAGACAAUGAAAGCGAAGGAGGAAGCUGAAGGGUACACCUCCCCACCCACAUCCCGCUAUCAUCCACCUACAGCACCUCUGUCCUAUACCCAUAAGACCCCCAAGUCUACGACCUUCUAA